AUGACUUCAUACUUCUCGUCGCUGACGUCCUCGUCGGCCAUCUCGAACCUGGGCACCCGGCUCAACUCUUUGAAACGGGCCAUCACGUCGGGCGACGAGCGCGACGACCCGGACAACGAGGACUGCUCGCACAUCUCGAACGUGCUGCGCGCCUACUACACCGAAAAGGGGCGACCGUAUCCCUCGUGGCUGCCCCCGGACCCAAAAGCCCCCGCGCCGGCACCGGCGCGGGUCAUCGCGACCUCCCAGAUCCCACCCGGCGCUGCUGGUGGCGCCCCAGCGUCAUCAGUAUACGGACGUGGCGGCAGCGGUAGCGGCAGCGGUGGUGGUGGUGGUGGACUGGGCGACCUAUGGGGAGAUGCGGGCUCCGCCACGGCUCCGACCUCCCAGACAUCCAGUUUGCGCCGGGGUCGCAUGACCGCCGGGGGAAAUAACAACAGCAACAACAGCAUGGGGGCACCGCUGUCGGCGACGGCUAGUGCUCCGGGGGGCCCAAUCGCCCACAACAGCCUGUCCCCGAGCCCGUCGGCAAUGCAGCAGCACCCUCACCAUCCAUCCGGGGGCGGCCGUCCCCUGCCCAGUCAGCGCGCCGGAUCCUACCAGACGAUCUCGGGCCCCGUGACCGGCGGCGGCGUGACGCAACAACCGCUGGAGCGCGCAGCGUCGGCCCAGGAACGACUCCGGGCACGCCUGCAUGGGGGCCGGUCGCCCAGCCCCGGCCAGAAUCCGAGCAGUCGGCCGGGUUCACCCUACGUGGCCGGGGGAGCGGAUCCUAGCGCACGAAAACCGGUAGGGAUGCCGGGUCGACGAUAA